AUGGAUGCAGUCUCAGGGAAAAAGGCACCCGAGGGAACAGGAUUGGUCACUGACCACACCUUCUGCCAGCCAUGUGCGAACGAUGGCAAGAACAUCCCACCUGAUGCCUUCUGUACCGUUUGCAAGGAGUUCCUGUGUUCCAACUGUGCCCGAGUACACAAGAACAUGAAGUUUACCAAAAUGCACCCUCUCCAGGACAAGAGUACCAUGCCUUCUUCACUCCAACCAGAGAGUGAGAAUAAGCAUUUUACGGAAACAUGUCAACGCCAUGCCGAAGAGUUCAUAAAAUACUAUUGUCCCAAUCAUGAGACACUUCUGUGUGGAGAAUGCUUGGCUGAGAAAGAACACAGCUCAUGCACUAUUGAAAAGAUUUCUCAAGUGGCAAAGCGGUACAAAGAAGGUGCAGAAUACAACAGCCUGAAAACAGGACUUGUCCAGACGGCCACUGACAUUGGCAAACUGUCACACGACAUACAGGCGAUCAUGAAAUCAGUUGACGAAGAAAGCCUUACCAAUAUCAAUGAGCUUCGCAAAUUUAGGACUGAAAUUAACCAGUACCUUGAUAAAAGGGAAAACGAACUCUUGGCAGAAAUUGAUCAGAAGAAACGAACAUCCAAGACACUGCUAAAUGAACUGAAAUCAAAAUGCACAAACAUGAAAUCAUCCAUUGAGAAACUAAAGUCGGAGCUACAAGCACAGGACGACAAUAGCAACCAGCUAUUAAUAGUAGGAAAACGAGCUAUAAAAGAGCUGGCUGGUCUCCAGGCAGCCCUGGAAGAGGUGAGCAAGAGAAGUGAAGUUCCCCGAUACAAGUUUCACAGGGACCCCGCAACUGAACAGUUAAUAACUUCUGAUAAAGCAAUAGGAAGGUUGGAAGAGGGCGAAUCAACUUCGGCGUUAGGGCCGCUUCAAAGACAACUUCAAACGAAGCAGAAACAACGGCAACAGGAGACGAUGCAACAACACCAAAAACACAUUAAAGCUUUAUCACAAAAAGGAGAAUCAAUUUCGGCGGUAGAGCAGCAAGAACGACAACAACAAAAGAAGCAGCAGCCAUGGCAACUCGAGACGAUGCAGCAACAACAAAAAUACAUGCAAGGUGCAUCACAGAAAGCCCACUUCAGCAGCAGAGCAGACCUAAGCCAGGCCAAGUUCAGCAGGCAGCCUGACAUUUCAGUGAAGACAUCAGAUGGUAGCAGGGACUGCUGGCUAACCAGUGUGACUCUCCUGACCGGGGACAGUCUCAUACUGGUAGAUCACAAUAAUUGCUCAUUGAAGCUGGUGGACACCAUGAAUAACAAGCUGGUGUCCCAGGUAAAACUGCUAGGUGAGCCGUGGGACCUGUGUCACCUGCCCGGGAACAGGGCAGCCGUCACUCUGCCUGGUUUGAAGAAGAUACAGUUCGUAUCUACUCAGGGAAAUUUCACACUACAGGAAGUUGUUGAAGUCGAAGAAAAAUGUCAUGGAAUAGGUUUCUGUGAUGACAACUUGAUAGUGUCUUUCCCCUUCCAAGGUAAGGUUGUGUUGAUGAACAUGAAGGGAAAGGUGAAGAAGAGUGUGGACAAAGACAGCAGUGAAAAACCUUGGUUUGUGUAUCCUGUGAAUCUGACAGUGACCAGGGAGAGCCAGACUCCUCCGGUCAUAUAUGUCUUGGACUGGGACACCAACACCAUAACCAAGCUGAGCAUCUCACUGGAGGUCCUCCAGUCGUACCAAGACCCGAUACUGAAAUACCCACGUGGUCUGGCACCCGUGGGAGACAACCAGCUGCUCUUGUGUGGGAGUAGCAGUGACAACAUCCUGUUACUGGACACGCUCACAGGCGAGAUAACCCAACUGCUGGGGAAGGAGGAGGGGAUAGAGUGUCCACGCAGUGUGGCUUACUGUUCACUGAAGAAGAUGAUGUUUGUCACCUGCAGGCACUAUGGCAGACCUGAUUCGGAUAGUUUCGUAAAAGUAUUCAAAUUAGUAUAG